CAUGGACGUAGUACGACACUGAUGAAAACACGGUUGUACAUUUCGAUAAUAUGGGUUUUACUCUGGUUUUAAUGAGUUUUUUUUAAUAAAUAAAAAACUGCAUAAAAUGUCCAGUCGUAUGUGCUGUCGUACAUUAGAAAAUAAUAUCGAAAUAUUGAUAUGUAGUCAUGUUUAAGUCGCCCUGUUAAAAGCAGGUUGAGCUAUGAAUUCCAGGAACGUCUGUUUGUUUGUUCUUUCGUUCGUUCGUUUGUUUGUUUGUUUGUCUGUCUGUCUGUCUGUCUUUUGUUUGUCUAUUUGUCUGUCUGUGUCGCUUGACAGGCUCCAAAGGACACUUGCCUUUGAUGACUUUGGAACAGAGUAAAGACAGGACUUUCUGGGACCGAGAGUGUAGGAUGACAGUAAGUGGAUGGAUAAUAUGUAGUCUCUUGAGAAGAACCCACUGCAUACAUGUGAUGUAGGAACGUGGAAGUCCAGAGACUCAGGGGAGACAAGCACAAUGACGGACAGCAACAAUGUGUGGGAGUCACCUGGUUGUGGGACUACGCUUGAGGACAAAAAUGACUCGAGUGGAUUCUCCGAACAUGAGCUUCUCGACAUCAUGUACGACACAUGUAACGCCUCAGACUCAGGAGAAGUGUUGGCCUCCAACAUCGUGCAGUAUCUCAAGACCAUGACGGCUCAGAGCACAGGGCAGGACAAACUGGCCGCUCUGCAACAGCUGCUCGACCCAGAUGGUCAGGACCCACAUGUGAGCAGAGACACUUUCCACUCCACCAUGAGAGAGUGGAUCGCCCAGUGCAGCCAGGACAGUGCUGAUGUGGAUGACGGUGAUGUUUCUUGGCAGGACUCUUCUAAAGAGCCUUUAAAUGGGUUGGAUUUCUCAUGUUCUCAAAGCAAAGCAGCCUCGUCAGAGAGCCACCAGUGUUCCUGUGAUGGAAAAGACCUGUUUGCCAUUGUGGCUGAACUGAAGCACGCUCACCACAAACUGAGCGAGCAGAACAGCAGCCUGAUGAGGACGGUGGCUCAGUGUGAGGACGUAAACCUGCAGCUCACGCUGGAGAUGACUGAGCUGCGAGCAAAGCUGGCCAGUUCCCAGCGCUCAACAGUGAGAGUCCGAUCCCUGACAGAGGAACUGGAGGAGACGCGUCGUGCGUUUAAAGAGGCCCAGGAGAGAGCCACUCGUACCCAGAGCAGCUGCACCAAACUGAGCAAAGAGGUUGAAUGCCUCAAAGUCCACAUCAGGAGGCUGGAGGACAAGAAUGAAAAAGUCACCUUUGAAAGGACGUGUUGUGAAGAGAGCCUCAACAAACUGAGGAAAGUGAACACUGAGUUAAGGGGAGAACUCGAGGAAACCCUGGUUAUGUUGAAGCAAAGAGACAGAGAACUCACAAAGAAAGACGUUCUUAUGGAUAAAAUGAAGAACUCUCACAUGGAGAAUCACAACAUGAUCAUGGAUCUGCAGUCAGAGCUAACGAGAUUACAGGAGCAUUCACACCAAGUUCUCCUGAGGUACGAUCGACACCCUGUCAGCUCUCAGAGUCUCUAUGGUCGGGAGCCUCCAAACCGCCGCUCUCUACAGAGUGAGAUGCAGGAGAUGCAGCAACAUCACCGAGGUCUGGACGACAUCGGCCUCCCGUCCCUCCACACGCACGGCGAUGACAUUCAGAGCAUCAUCCACAAGAUCAAGAGCACAGAGAUGGCUCAUCUUCUGCAGAAUAAGUAUCCCGAGAGGGACUCUGCUCCUGUAGAAACACAGGGCAGGCCUUUUCCCCAGCGCCAGCAGCAACAGGCAAGCAUCAAGCAGCGGCUCGUCAAUGUGCUGCAGGAGCUGGAGCUGCAGAAGUAUGUGUGGGAGGAGAGCGGGGACAAAGCAGAGGAGCGCUGGAGACCCUGGGACAAGGAGCAGAAGCAAAGCCACACCGGGUUCAAGCCUCCGGUCCAGGACGGUAAGAAGGAGGCCGUGGUGAACUGGUGGAAAGCUCUCAGCAGCGUGCAGGUCAAGUCCCAGGUAAAACCAACGCAGUCAGUUCAGGAGCACUCGGAGACUCAAGAGAAGCUCCAGCAAGCAGAGAAGACGAUCAGUGAUAUGCGGGAGCAGGUCUCCCACCUGCAAGUCUCUCUAAGAUCUGCACUGGAGCGUGGCACUGAGCAGAAAAACACCUCUGUCUGUCACACUGACAAAGAGACCAACACCAAAGAGAGACACGAGGUGGACAGAGCCGUGGGGACGGAGGUGAAGGGUCAGAGGGAUGCUGCGGUGAUCACGGAGAUCACAGGUGGCGUCGCUUCACAGCAGGAGCAAACUCGGCUUCAGGUGACGGCGAACGGAGUCCUGUCAGCCCUGAAGAGGAUGGAGGCGAUGGUCACCAACGCUCUGGAGACGGCCGAGUUGGUGAGAGAGAGCGAGCAGAGGAUGAUUCAGGUGAGAGCGAGGAUGGAGAGCAUCACGCACCGGGUGGAGGAGGCUCUGGGACGAGCGAGCAACACCGAAGUACAGCUGAACAUCCUGGAGGCCAGGUCCACCGAAGAAGCUCCAGAUCUGAACACAACAGAAGUGACAACUGCGAUCCACAUUAAACAGUGUGGGGAAAAUCAUGCAAUGAAUCCAUGUAUCAGUGUACCAUCAGUGCUGCCAGCUGAGCCUGUACCAGAGUCCACAUGUGUCACGGCUGAGUCCAGUGCGGAGUCUGAGAACAGAGCAGAGAUGCCUCCUCCUCCUCCUCCUCCUCCUCCUCCUUCUCCUCCACAGUCUCCCGUAAUCCCAGAAGUCAGCGAGUCUCCACAGCUCCCCAUCAAUGGCAGCACAGGACGAGGCAGCUGCGACAAGCUCCAGGAAGAAGAGAACCUCUUCACUCAGGAAUCUCCUUCAGUGCAAACAGACCAUAACUCAGCGUGUGCAGCUGAGAAGCCUUUUAUUUUCCCCCACACCCGCUCCCGGCCCUCACAGCUCCCCAGCAUGCCCACGCUGCCCGAGGAAGAGGAGGACUCCCCCGAGGAGAUGGACAGUUCCUCCAGCUCUCCCACGACAUCUACACCCUGUGAAAGCCGAGCCGUGGUCAUGAGCGCUCCCACCAUCGUCUACCCACAGCAGGCCACGUUUGUCCACCAAGAUGGAGGACGUCCUCUGGACCAGACCAGGCCGCACAGUCCCAGAGCUCGUCUGACCAGAAAUUCCUCUGGAGGACCCAUCACCACAGUCGACAGCUCAGGGAACAUCAUCGACCUGGUGAAAGAUCCGCUGCCGGAGAUGCAGCUCUCUGAGGAGGAUCGUCUGAAGAACCUGGAGCUGCUCGAACAGGCCAAAAAGGUCAGCGACCGCUUCCUGACGCGCCGCGGACGCCGCUCCACCAGCAGCCUCACGGACUCACCCCCAGGUCUUUCUCCAACUCCGACUCCCUCCGCCUCACCCUGUUCUUCUAGAAGCAGCUCACUAACUGUUGCACCACAAACUGGACUCUCAGAUUCAGCCCAUGUCGGCUCACAGUCUGUCGGUCAGCAUCUAGAGGUUUUUUCAAUGCGAGAGCAGGCUGAAGUAACGACCCAGGAUCAUGAGGGCAGGCUGGUGGUGGACUGGAAGCCCACGGAGAAAAGGAAAGUGUCCUCGGGGACUCUGACGCCACGUUUCGCUCUUCAGAAGGAGAACUGUGAUGCUGCUGUACCCAAGAGUCCUCCAGUGGUGAAUAAAGCAGAUGAGGGCGCUGGUUCUAGCCCAAACAGUACCCAGGCCCCGGCCACUGGUGUGGCCAAGCCCGUCCCACGUCCCCCGACUCAGCAGGCUCCGUGUACAGCGGAAAUCAAGACGAUCGGGGCCUUUCCUCCACUAAUGAGGGCGGUUUCUUGGGACGCGGUGGGCAGCCUUAAUUCUAGAAACGGAGCCCCGAGUUUUCCUUCUAUAGAUGAGGAUACGUUCUCAGAAAUUCCCAGAGAUGUCUUCAAGUCAUCGGGGUACAAAGACCUCCCGACCCAGGCUGGAGGUGUGCAGAAGCUGUCCAAACUCAGAGAGGAGCACAAGCUGCUGCGUAACCAAAGCAUAGUGGGAUCCAAGUUGCCAGAGUUGAAUGAAUCGGCUGAACAGGAAAAAGGUCCUCCACUCUCUCCACACUCGGCCUCUACCGUGGAGGGGAAGGAGAAGUCUGAAUCCAUGCCCAACAUUUCAGAUGUGAUGCUACGGAAACUGAAAUUACACCGGGGUCUGCCGGGCUGCGCACCCCCACUGACUGAAAAAGAGGUUGAGAACGCGUUUGUCCAGCUCUCACUGGCCUUUCGUAACGACAACUACACCCUGGAGACGCGGAUGAAACAGGCGGAGAGGGAGAGGAACCUGACAGAGGAAGACACGGAGAAAGAACUAGAGGAGUUUAAAAGAGCAAUGAAGAUGACUGCACCACAGUGGCAGAACCUUGAACAGCGCGAGGCCUACCAGCGCCUCUUGGAGACCGUCGCAGUGCUGCACCGCCUGGCCACGCGCCUGUCGAGCCGAGCGGAGAUAGUGGGAGCAGUUCGACAGGAAAAACGAAUGAACAAGGCCACUGAGGUCAUGAUGCAAUAUGUGGAAAAUCUGAAGAGGACCUACGAGAAGGAUCACGCUGAGCUGAUGGAGUUUAAGAAGCUGGCCAACCAGAACUCUAAUCGCUGUUAUGGAAGCUCUGCAGACACUGGAGAUGACGGAGUCGCACGGUCUUCCAGAUCAAUGUCGGUCACCCUUGGAAAGGCUCUGCCCAGGCGCAGGGUGAGCGUCGCCGUGGUGCCGAAGUUCAACUUGCUGAACAUCCCAGGUCAGACUCCAGCCAUAGCAGGACCAGGUCCCAGUCCGCUCUUGGGUCUCAGCACACCCUCAGGUCCCAACCUGCCCCCUGGCUCCAACGCGGGACCGGCCGCCGGUACUGCUCUUCCUGUUCUGUGUGAGGCGAACGAUGUGAAAGUCAGUCCUUCCACAGAGGCGUCGCAACCAGCCGCAGAAUGUGGAAAGAGCGUCCUGGAGCAGGAAAGUGAGCCGGCCAAGCCCUCGGUCAACUUAGAGGAGAUCAGAGCUGAGAUCAGAGCUGAGCUCAAGGCAAAGAUCGAGGAGGAGGCUUACAAUAAGGGCUUCCAAGAGGGACUGCAGCAGAGCAAGGCUCAGCAAGAGGAGAAGCGUGAAGAGGAAAACAUGGCGGAGAAACUUCUGGAAUCAAAUAAUAAAGACGAGGAGAGUGGAAGGAAAGUGAAGACGAGCAGGAGGAUGGAGGAAGUCCUGGUUCGUCUAGGUCGUUAUUGUCCCAAGAUUUCCUUGAGCAGGCGACUUCUCUGGUCCGCCCUGACCGUGUUUGUCGUGAUGUGUCUGGUGAUCAGCAUUUUUUCCUUCUUCAGUGACCGCUACAACCGACGCGAGGACACGUAAGGGAAGAAGGGACUGUUUAAUAAAAUCCUGUGAACUUGGUGCAAUGUCACAACCAAAGAGCCCGACCGCUGAAUAUAGGAGACCGCAGUCCUUCUUUGUCUCUGUCCAUUUACCAUAUCAUCACACCCGGACACACUUGAAGCCAGGACCCUGGUUCUGGGCGGUCAGGGAUGAUCUGGGAAUCUUAACAAAGAGUGUGUUUGGAUUCAAAAGUCGAUGUAUUUUUUUAUUGAAAUAAGAAAAACAAGAUUUAUAGUUCCUUGAGUGUUUUUAUAAUUCGAUUCGUACUGAACUAGAGAAAAUGCUCAGAGUACAAACGUCUGCAAAAGCCACAGUAUCAUAAUAACACAUUUAAAAUCUAAUCAUUUCUCACUUGGGCCUUAACGUAUAUGCCCCCCCCAUUAAAAUUAGGGAUGAGCCAAUAUGAUAUUUAACAUUGAUAUCAGUCCAGCUCAAAAUAAUUGGAUCAGAUAUCAGAAAAUAGAAGAAAAUCCCAAAAAAAGCCUCAAUAUUGCAUAAUUAUUACGACCUCAGUGCAACACGAAUGCUUUACAAAUGCUUUACAUGUGAACAUGUGACAUAUUUUAUUCAGAUGUUUAUUGGUACUGUAUACGGUUCAUGUACAAAUAUAUGGACCCAAAAUAGAAGCUUAUAUUCCAAUUUUGACCUUAAUUGAAACAUUUAGUUGUUUUAAAGGCUUUAAUCAAUUCAAAGAUAAGCAAAAUAAUAUUUAUUAAUAUAAGGUCAAGUUAGAUUUUUAUUUAAAAAUUUAAAUGGUUAUUUUUGGCUGAUUUAAAAUUGAAAGUCGUGUAUGGUCUCACCUUUAUAUUUAUAUAUUGUAAGUCGAUGUCGUGCGAUGCCUGCGACACAGAGCAGAGGCGGAGCUCGUCGCUGCCUCACCUCACCGCUCUCCUGUGUUUUUGAACAGGAAAUGUGUAAAUUCAGAGAUUUUGACCAAAGGAAUGUUGAGAUCAUACGACAUACUACUUUUGUUUUUACCCCCCAGUGGUCAAGAGAGAAAUAGCCAAUAAUUAAUUCUACAGGAAGAAUAAAUGCAAGAAAUACAGAAACUCUGAACCACAUCUUUUUCAUUUUUAUUUAUUUAGACUGCAGCGUCCUUUCCGAUGCAGAGUUGAUCAGAAACCUGGUUCUUGGUUCCUUCACGUUGACUCUGCCAUGCUCACUUAGCACGUAACUUAACUCCAUAUUCACUUCACUUCAGCUGCUAGAACUCUUGCGCUCUGGAAAAGUUCCAGUGUGCUGUGCGAGAGUUUCGCCUCAGACGUUAAAUCUGCAAAAAAAAUGGGGUGGAUCGACGCAGUGGACUCUGUGUUUGCUAUUUCAAUGUGACCCGAAUCCAGCUUUAAAGUAUGAUAUUUAGUUUUUAGCCUGAGAAAUUCUAAAUUCAUAUUUAUAGAUAAAUUAAAGUUGUUUUAUAUGUGUAUUUAAAGCUUUAAAUAUAAGCACAUUCCAGAGUAGUCCGUUGAGUGCAAUAAUUAACAACUGAUUGUUGUCGUUUGUUAUAUUGUGUGAGAUUUUCUCCUUGUGUGAGAGCACUGUGUAGACGACACAAGACUUUGUUUCUUUUUAAAUCUUUUCUGCACACGUGCCUGCCUUUUGUUGUUUGUUCUUUAUGGAUUUCAUGCUCUGCCACUCCACCUUUUAAAUAAAAAGGUGCCUAUA